ACUGUUGGGACUAUUUACAAUCACUUGUAACAACAUGUUGCGAACGUACGUCGUAUGUUAUCUGCUCCUCAUCAGCGGUCUGGGCGUCCGUGGCACAGGGGGCAAGGAGAAGAGUUUCUGGGAUGACCCGUGGUGCUGGGGCCCCGCUCUUGUGGGUGGAGCUAUGCUAGGGGCGGUACUCGGGACAUUUGCUCUUGGGGCCGUGCUCGGAGGAAUGGGGUUCACAGGAGCAGGGAUUACAGCAGGCUCCCUGGCAGCGGGUGCGAUGUCUACAGCUGCGACCACGGGAGUGGGCGCGGGGGUCAUUGCAGUAGCACAGUCUGCAGGGGCUGCUGGUGUAGCUGUAGGAACGAAGGUAGCAAUGGCCGCGGGCGGGGCCGUCAUAGGCUACUUCUCUAGCGGGUGCAAGGAGCCAAAUUGUUAAAAAGGAGACGAAAACAAUUUGAUAAGAAACUGACGAUGUCAACUGGUUGCAGGUCGCAAAUAAACAUCCAUGUGGCCGAAGAUCACAGAUUCUAUUAAAUAGCACAUGUAUAUUUCAAACCUUGAAUUUGAUGUUGAACCAUACAAAACAACACUUCCAACUGUCCAAACAACUUAGCAAUCUGUAAGUUAAUAUUUGAUGCAAAAUAAGCUUUCAUACAUAGUCAAUGUUGUUUAGGUGAACUUCAGCAGUGUAUUCUUAAUAAAGACGUUGACAUCCA